CUUCAUAUGCUUUCACUUGUUUCAUGAGUGUCAGGAGGGCCGAUUAUUAUAUCAGUUCUGUUAUUAAACUGUUUCAUAAACUGCAGAAGAAAAUGUUUAUUCUCAUCUGUUUGUGCUCAUGGAGUCUGGCUGGUGUGUUUAGUGAGUCAGUGUCGGUGAUGGAGGGAGAAUCUCUCACUUUAAACACUGGUGUUACUGAAAUGCAGCACGAUGAUCUGAUAUUGUGGACAUUUGGACCCCUUCUCAUAGCGAAAAUCAAUGGAAAAGACAAUAAGAAAGAGUUUUAUGAUGAAAGAUUCAGAGACAGAUUGAAGCUGAAUCAUCAAACUGGAUCUCUAACCAUCACAAACACCAGAACCACAGACUCUGGACUUUAUACAGUUACCAGCAGCAAAAUAGAGAUGCCGCUCAACACAUUCAAUAUCACUGUCUAUGCUCAUAUGCCUGUACCUGUCAUCAGCAGUAUGUCUUCACAAAAUCCAUCAUCAUCAGGAUCACCAACAUCCAAAUGUUUACUGCUGUGUUCAGUGGUGAAUGAGAGGCUUCCUUCGUGGACGAUACCCAUGCAUGCCUUCCUCUGCAGUGUGCGCCAUAUGGUGUCAUGGGAAACGGUCACUCCAGUGAACUUGCAUGGUGAUUUUCUUCAACUCUUCUCAUCAGAAGACGCUCCUGUCGAGAUGUUAACUUCCGUGGACGGCCUGGACGUCUCUAGAGUUCAAGUGGAGGAGGAUGUGGUGUCGCCCUGA